GUCGCAAAGCUCUGCCUCAAAUUAAUUCCGUUGCCCGAAAGGCUGGGUUGCCCGACGGCUGUCCCAAAAACUGCCGCUGUGACUGGGACGCCGGCUGUGUCUCGGACAUAUUGUGCUCAAAGCGCAAAAAAGCUCUACUUAGACGUACAUCAGAUGCUUCGCGGCGCCAGAGAAGCCUUUGGGUUCUUCCACUGCUAUGCCUAAUCACAGCCUUGAAACAUCCUUCUCUUCCCUAGUAACUCGAGAGAUCACGACAGAUCACGACAAUGUCUUCAUCGGACGCUUCCUACUCUCUGGUCGACUCGAUCGAGUCACUCAUCUCCUUCCUGGAAGCCAUGAAGGGCGUCUCAAGACGGGCCAGUCCCUGCAUAUCCGUAGAUCUCGAAGGGGUCCGCUUGUCACGAUACGGCACUGUCUCGCUCAUUACCAUCUUCGACCAGGUCCCGAACCAAGUAUACUUAGUCGACGUACACACCUUGAAGGCCACGGCAUUCACCACCAGCCUCCCACCAGACACAGAGACGCCGCCAGAGGCAUCCUGGACGCUCAAGACCGUCCUCGAGUCACCCGCGAUCACUAAGAUUUUCUUCGAUGUUCGCAAUGACUCGGACGCGCUGUUCAGCCACUUCGGCAUUCGUCUCGAAGGAGUCGAGGACGUGCAGCUCAUGGAGUGCGCGGAUAGGCCGCCCCGUCGCCGGCGCUUCGUCUCGGGACUACAGAAGUGCAUCGAAAAGUUUGCGCCUCUAACUUCCGCGCAAAAGAUGCAGUCGAAGGCCAUUAAGGAGUUUGGUGUUAAAGCGUUCGAUCCUAAGCAAGGAGGCUUGUACGAAUAUCUGCCCUCGCUGAGGAAUUUGUUCUGGGGGAGGCUGGAUUCAUCGUGGCGAGAUAAGGUUGCCGCCGCAACGAAAGCGAGGAUCGUGCUGUCCCAGAAUGCAGACUAUCAGCCGCACUCGAACGACAAUGCCUUCAGUCCUUGGCGAUUCGAGUAA